UAAUAAUGUGACAGCGCUAGAAAAAAUAACAUCUUGGGCAACAGCAAUUUUCGUGUUUGUGUGCAUAACAAUUCAUCAAGCUUUAGUACUACAUUAUUAAUUAAGUUUUAGUUGGUUUGAACUUCAAAUUUCCAAGUGAAGUAUAUUCCGUAUAAUUAAAAUAACCAUACAUCAUGGCAAAACAUCAUCCUGAUUUGAUAUUCUGUAGAAAACAGCCGGGUGUAGCUAUUGGAAGGUUGUGUGAAAAAUGUGAUGGUAAAUGUGUUAUUUGUGAUUCAUAUGUGAGACCCUGCACAUUGGUCCGAAUUUGUGAUGAAUGUAAUUAUGGUUCUUACCAAGGACGCUGUGUCAUUUGUGGAGGUCCUGGAGUAUCAGAUGCUUACUAUUGCAAAGAAUGUACAGUACAAGAGAAAGAUAGAGAUGGAUGUCCGAAGAUUGUAAAUCUGGGAAGUUCAAAAACUGAUCUGUUCUAUGAACGAAAGAAAUAUGGAUUUAAGAAGCGCUAGUAUUCAAAAUAUUUUUAUAUUAAAUUUGUAUUUUAUUUAUAUUGAGAUGUAAUAAUGUAAUUUGUAAAUAAAGUAUUUUG